AGCUGGUUCCAGAGAGCCUCGGGGGGUACUGGGGUGCACAGUGCAUUCAUGGCAGGGCCCAGCUCCUUGAUGCACAAACAAACCAACAAUCCUGGAUGUGGCAGGCAAGGAGGUGUGCAGAACUUACUGAAGGGUGACGCUUGAGCUGAAAGCCAACAAGGAGCCAGCUAGCAGGGCGUGGUGGUGAACACCUUUGGUCCCAGCGGAGGCAGGUGGAUCUCCGAGGCCCAGGCCAGCCUGGUCUACAUAGUGAGCCCAGGCCAGGCCAGGGCUAUUUCACAGAGGAAUCCUGUUUCGAAAAACAAACUAAACGAAAACAGAAAAAGAAGGGGCCAGUCACAGAUGUCUGGUGGCAGAGGAUUCCAGGAUGGAAGGACCAGUGCCAAGUUGGCAAGCCCACCGAGUCUGAGGAAGGGCAAGGAGGCUCAUGUGAUAGUAUGGGACUCAGACACCCGGCUUCCCCAGUCUUGUUUUGCACAGCUGAGAACAGCAGAACAGAAUCCACCCACAGACUGAGGCCUGAAAGCUGGACCAGCCUCCUUCGGGAGUAUGCAACACGCCCCCAUGUGGCCUGUUAAGCCCUGUGGAGAGGAGAGGAGGGGCGGACGGAGACCCUGUGGAGAGGAGAGGAGGGGCGGACGGAGACUACGUCGUGCUAAGCUCUUUAGUCACAUCUCUGCGUUUUUAUUCUCAAUACAAUUGGCCGGGAACCCUUGCUCCCGUUUAUCAGAUGGAAAAACAGAGGCCGCUCCCAAGGUUCUCUAAGGCCAUAGUUCACUGCUAGAAAUAAUAGCUACGAAUCCCAAUCUGUCCACUGGCCAGCAGGGGCCCCACUCCCCAAUAUCUGGCACUAGAUGGUCACACAGUGGCCGGCGCUUGCCUCACAUUUGCUGGAAGGAGAUUGCUGGUGUGUGGGUAAAGCGUCUAUUGGAAUGACGGAGGGCUGAGUGGAGGUGUUCAGGGCUCCUUCUCUAUCAUAGCUACAUGGCGCAUGCUGACCUUCGGAAUGAAGGCUCCGAAGCCUAUGCGUGUGUAGAGUCGGUAUGGUUUUCUGAGAAGUUCCCUGGGCCCAUGUGCUAGAGGAGGCUUGCUCUUGGCUGAGUCCCAUCACCAAGUAGGUAGUCUAGGCCAGCCCAAUUGGGUCACUUUGCCCCUUUUCAGGGCUCAGAGCUGCCCCGUCUAAAUAUAGCCCAGGGAAGUGAGCUCAGGCCUAUUUUAGGAGCAGGUUGGGAGGCAGCCAGGUCUAUCCCAGGAUCCCAAAGGAGCCGCUGCUGCCUUUGUCUAGUUCAGCUACUGGGCACUCUCAUCGGGCCCCUGACUACCUACCAACUGCCAUGCCAGAGGAGACCCAAGCAGACACCGUAUUGCCAAUGCAGAACCAGAGGAACAGGGCAACGCUGGCUCCCAACCACGUGCAGGAGGUGCGUCUGCAUCGGGUGGAAUCCAUCAGUGACCUGCACAGCGGAGGCUCACUACGGCCCUAUCUGGCUGAAGAGACACAGCCCUGGGAAGAGCUUCUGGGUGCCCUGCCCCCGUCACUGUGCACCCACGCUGGCUGCAGCCCCGUGUGUGGCCGAGGGGGGUUCCUGCUGCUAUUAGCACUGUUGGUGUUCACCUGCCUGGCGCUAGCCAUCCUGGCUGUCUACCUCAGUGUGCUGCAGAGUGAAUCCCUGAGGGUCUUGGCGCACACGCUGCGCACACAAGAGGAGACUCUGCUCAAAUUGCGUCUGGCUAGCCUCAGCCAGCUAAGGAGGCUCAACGCCAGCGAAGCUCGGGCACCCAGCUGAGAUCCAUUUGUAUGUGAGAACUGUGAGGGGAAAUAAAGGGGCUCUGGCAGGUCUCUGUUCACCUACUGAUGACCACAUCUACACUACUUCCUCGGUGAGAUUUUUGUGCAAGAGCCCAAUUUGACUCAACAGCUACCUAUCUCUCUUGACCUCUUCAGGCCAAGCCUGAUGACGCCUUCUGGUGCCAAGGCCCUGCUUUGAAUAGCCAAAGGUCAGAGGAUGGGGCACAAGCCUUCUCCUGGCUCCUCCUAUGGCUGUCAGCACCCUCUGGACAGCCCCAGAUAGGAGGUUCAGAAGUCUAGAAAUAGCUGUCCCUGCACAACCACCCACGCUGCCAGGCUUCCUAGUGGGGGGUCCAGUCUCAGCUCAGACAAGCUAGGCUGCAGUGGGGGUGGGGGACCACGUGGGCAGAGACUGCCAUAGAGGACAAAGGUGAAAUAGAGAUCUAGCUGGGGCCAAGCCUGGCAUGGUAGAUGAGAGGGAAGGCAGGCAAGAGACUCAGAAUUCAGAAUAAAGGAUACAGGGGAAUAAGUAUUAUUUAAUUCUCUCCUUAAGAAUCAGCACACACACCCAUUCUAGGCAGCUUUGCCUACCCUAUGCCAUGGUGGCCAGGUGCCAGACCCCCCCAAAAGAAGCAGUCCUAGGGGGCAAGGUCUAAAAAACAAGAGACAGUCCUUUCUCACCUGCCCGUUGGCUCCAGGACGGGCACACAUUUGGUUUCACCUGAGACAGGACAGGAAAAGGCCAUAGCCACAGAGCUAAGUGCAAACACAAAGGGCUA